AUGUCCAGCCAGCAAUUUUAUCUCCUGGGCGAAGCGGCCACGUCCGCCAAGCACAUCCCCAUCGACACAUCCGCCAAUCUUGAUCAAUUGAAGCACUUGGUAGCUGCUCAUUUUGCCAUUGUUGAGCCAAGCGAGAUUGGCUUCCAAACCGAGGAGGAUUGCCUCGCUGAUGUCGCCGAUGUCCUCGCCGCGUCCGGACCGGUAGCAAUCUCCAUCAACGGCCAUGCUGUACGAGAACCAGAUGGUCCCAAAGGUCUUCCCUAUGUGGGGAACUACUUCGAAGUCUUCCCCGACCAUCUCGGGAACCAUCAGCGGCUGUUCAACCAAUACGGACGAAUGUUCAAGACGACAAAUCUUGGUCGGACAACAUACCACACAAAUGAUCCGCAGAUAUCAGCAAUAGUCUUUGCCGAGUCAGACUUCUUUUCCAAGAAGAUCAAUGAAGCCCACCCAUUAUACGCCUUGAAAACGCCUUCUGCUGGUAUAUUUCUUGGGGAUACCGACAGCCCUGAAUGGAAAGUGGCUCAUAAGUUCUUACCACCGGCUCUUGGUCCAAAGGCUGUGCGACAUUACGCUCCGACGAUGCAACAUACCGUGGAGGACUCGUUUAAAGUUUUUGACGCCCUUGAUGAGCAAGAGUCUUCCUUCAAUGUUUAUCAGUAUAUGUUGAAGCUCGGCUCGCAGGCGGUGGGCAAGCUCACCCUUGGCCUGGACUUUGAACAUUUCACAUCGCCAGACGCUCCCGUGCAUGACAUGGUUCAUAUGAUUGCUGAGAUGUUGUCUCUCAACAAGAAGGUCACGUCGAGAGGCGACUGGUAUGGCAGGCUUCCGUUUGGAGAUCCACAGCGAUUGAGGAACUUGAAGGCGAAGAUUGAGGCGAUGGUGGGAGAGUCCAUACAGAGGGCCGAACGCGGGGGGGUUGCCGACUUGCCCUUGCAGGAAGCGGCGCUGCAGGCCUCUAACAUGGUUGACUAUGCCAUCCGUGCCACCGAUAACAAGGGCGAUAAACUGCCCAAAACGAGCCUGGUUUGGGCUUUGGUCGUUGCAACAGCGGCUGGAUUCACGACAACGAGUUCUCUCCUCUCCUGGCUGAUAUAUGGCCUUGUCACCUAUCCAGGCAUGGAAGACAGACUGCUCCGAGAAUUGAUCGAUAACGGUAUCACAGAAGACACUGAGUUGACGGCAGAUAUCACCGAUCGGCUGGUAUUUAUGGACAAGUAUAUCAAAGAGGUUCAGCGAGUUCACAAUCCUUCCUUCCAGCCGGGCCGUACUGCGAAGGCUGAUCUGAUUCUUCCUGACGGUUAUAAAAUCCCUAAAGAUGCGGUGGUCAUUCCGGCACUGCACCAUAUUCACAACAACCCCGACCUGUGGGAUAACCCCAGCCGGUUUGACCCCGACCGAUGGGACACUCCUCAAGUGAAGGCAAGACAUAAGGCGGCCUACAUCCCGUUUGCUAUGGGUCCGCGCAUGUGUAUCGGGUUCAACUUUGCCCUUCAGGAGGUGAAGAUAUUCCUGCCGAAGCUGAUUUAUCGCUAUCACUUCAGUCGCGAGGAGGAUCUAACACCAGUGGAGUAUGAUCCGAUGUUCCAACUGAUCAGACCGAACAACUUGUAUGUUCGAGCCGAGCGGAGGACGAAUUGGUCAGUACUCAGAUUAUCGGUCUGCUUCGCAUGCAUGAUAACCUCAUAUCAAACAGGUUGUAUCUGGGCGUCUGCUGGUUACGAUGUCCACCUGCGCGAUCCGAGCCCCGAGCAGCUCUCCUCCGGCCUUGCCUACAUCAACGACCAGGUGUCAGCCUAUGCCAUCAAGACAGAUCGUUCCCCGGGCAAGACUUUCACUUUCACCAGCCUUGAAGACGCCGUAGCGACAGCCUGGCUUGUCAUCGAGGCUGUUCCGGAGAAACUGCCCCUCAAGAUCGCGACCUUCGCCGAGUUAUCCGCCCAAGCCCCAGCGGACAGCAUUCUCGCUUCCAAUUCUUCUUCCUACAAGACGUCGGAAAUGCUGGACAAGGUCCCGGACUCUGUAAAGCCUCGCAUCUUGAACAUGCACUACUACAUGCCACCGCAAUGCAUGAUCGUGGAGUUGAUGACGGACGGCUUCACCACCGAGGCGAUCUUCCCGUUCAUGGUGGACAGAUGCCGCGAGGGCGCUACUUCGCCUUAUGUAGCACGAAAACAAUCGACGGGCUUCAUUUUCAACCGCCUCUGGGCUGCCGUGAAGCGCGAGGUGCUGACCAUCUUGUCGGAAGGAGUCUCUGUUCCUGAGGAAAUCGAUGCGAUGUGGGAGGAGAUGUUCAUUCAAGGCCGAACUGUGCCGUGCAAGAUGAUGGAUAAGGUUGGUCUGGACACCGUCGCCUUCAUCGAACAACACUACAUCCACGAACGGGGCCUUUCAUCUGAGAAGACCGUCGACUACCUCACGAAGCACUACCUCGAAAAGGGUAAAUUAGGCACAAAAUGCGCGCAGGGAGGCCUCUACCCGCCGCCGAGCGCAGCCACUAACAACGAACGCCGCCUCCUUGUCCUCGACGUCGGGCUCGCAUCCCCAACGGCAGCCACCUCGAUCUCCACCCCCGUGGGCCAGAUUCUCUCGCUCACUCCCGGCGAGAAUCAGCCCACCGUCCUGCUGUCAGACCAGCUCCUGCCCGACGGCAUCACCGUCGACCCCGUCACGAACCGCAUGUUCUGGACGUGCAUGGGUGUGCCUGGCAAGCCUGACGGUGCAGUGUAUUCCUCCGCGCUAGACGGCAGCGACAUCCAGACCCUCAUCAAGCCGGGCGCGAUCAACACGCCCAAGCAGAUGACCAUUGACGCGGACGGGCGCAAACUCUACUUCUGCGACCGCGAGGGUUGCGCCGUCUAUCGCUGUCACCUCGAUGGGUCGGGCCUGGAAGCAGUGGUAUCGCGACAGCAAGGCAACGAAGACGGUCCGGCCGAUGUGCGGGAUUGGUGUGUCGGUGUCACUGUCUCGUCUCGAUUCAACAGGUUCUACUGGACGCAGAAGGGCGCGCCUAAGAGUGGGAAGGGGCGGAUCUUCUCUGCUGCUAUCGAUGCGCCGCCUGGUGCUGUGCAGGCCGAUGACGACCAGAAUUUGUGUAUCCUGAGUGGGCUGCCUGAGCCAAUCGAUCUGGAGAUCGAUGAGGAGAGAGGGGAACUGUACUGGACUGAUCGCGGAGAGCUACCUCUGGGAAAUGCACUGUAUCGGGUCAAGCUGGAUGGGGAGGGUCGGCCGAUGGGACAGCCGGAGAUCCUGGUCCGUGGGUUGCACGAAGCGAUUGGCGUCAGUAUCGAUAGGGAGUCGGGCGAUAUCUAUCUGACGGACCUGGGUGGUAGUGUCUAUCGCUGUGAUCGGGAUGGGAAGCAGAAGGAGACUGUGUAUCGGGAGGAUGGGCGAGCGUUCACGGGCAUCGUCUGUUUUUGA